AUCGAUUCUUCAAAUUUCAUUUUCACUGUUUAAUUUGUGUAAUAUAUUGCUAGCUUAGUCUCUCUCCACUCAGGUGGAGGGACCCGAGCUGUCGGAAUUCACUAGGGUUUUUGUCCUUGCAUGCAUUGACCUCGCUUAAUUACAGUUUCCGAUUCAAGUUAUCAUAUAUAUGUAUAUACAAACACAUAACAAUGGAGAAAGAAGAAAACUACUCGGCACCUUUACUGCCGCCAAGUUUUUCUGGCCUGGAUUACCCUCCAGAUCAUCAACAAUUCAUGAAGCCACGGAUUGGUGAAACUUCAGGAGAUAACAACAACAACAACAACGGGAUGGUCGAUUACUUGUUGAGUCAUCAACAGCAACAGCAACAACAGCAAAUAGCUUCCGGAUUUUGCGGUUCGGGUUCUUUUGAUAAAUUGAGCUUCGCUGAUGUGAUGCAGUUUGCCGACUUUGGGCCCAAAUUGGCACUGAACCAAUCCAAGAUUUCGGAAGAAGAAUCUGGGAUUGACCCGGUUUACUUUCUUAAGUUCCCGGUCUUGAAUGACAAGUUGGAGGAUCAUACGUCUCUGAUGGUCCCACAGCAUGGAGCAUGUGAUGAAGAUAUCAGGUUCAAAGGGGUGGUGGGUGUGGAAGAUGAAGCAAGAUUAUUGGGAGAAGAAAGUGGGUUUAGAGAGGAUGAGGAAGCUGCCCGGGACAUUUCUGAUGAUACUUCGGUGCAACUUAGAUUUCUGGGUGAAGAUCAUCUCCACAAGAACCCUACACCCGAAGCCAAAACCAAGAGAAAAAGACCAAGAAGUAUUAAGACGAGCGAGGAAGUGGAGAGCCAGCGGAUGACUCACAUUGCGGUUGAAAGGAACAGAAGGAAGCAAAUGAAUGAACAUCUUCGCGUCUUGAGAUCCCUCAUGCCCGGUUCAUACGUGCAAAGGGGGGAUCAAGCUUCUAUUAUUGGGGGAGCCAUUGAGUUUGUGAGGGAAUUGGAGCAACUUCUGCAAUGCUUAGAAUCACAGAAGCGGCGAAGAAUCUUUGGAGAAGGUCCAAGACAGGCUGAUUCAUCUCUUGCAAUCCAACAGCCUCAGGCGCCUCAGCCACAGCCACCAUGCUUUCCUCCUAUACCUCUUCCAAAUGAUCAGUUCAAGCUUGUGGACUUUGAGAUCGGACUCCGAGAGGAGACAGCUGAGAACAAGUCCUGCUUGGCUGAUGUGGAGGUGAAGCUUCUAGGGUUUGACGCCAUGAUCAAAAUUCUUUCUAGAAGAAGACCAGGCCAGCUCGUCAAAACCAUCGCAGCGCUUGAAGAUUUGCAGCUUAAUAUCCUUCACACCAACAUCACCACCAUUGAACAAACUGUUCUCUAUUCGUUCAAUGUCAAGGUUGCUAGUGAAUCGAGGUUCACAGCUGAAGAUAUCGCGAGCUCGGUUCAACAGAUAUUCAGUUUUAUCCAUCAAACAGCGCCAUGUGACGUAAUCUAGCUAAAGAAAGAUGAGCUAGCUCCUUUCUAUCUUCAAUGCAUGCCUAGCUAGCUAUAUGGAUUUGAUGAUCAGUGGCCUCUUUCUUUUGGAAUAUUCUCUAUUUUUACUCUAAAAACAAAAUUAAUUUGUACUCCUCUAGUCUUGGUGAUGAAUAUUAAUUACUCAGAUCUCUCUCUCUC